AUGGCUGAUUUAUUAAAUAAAGAAAAAGAAUUUCGAAGAAUUAAUAGAGAGUUGGAUAAAAAAACAAAUAAACUUUUGGAAGAAAUAGAUACUGUGGUCAAUAAUCAAACAAAAAAUUAUUUUUCAUCUGAAACUUUAAACAAAUUUCAGUCAGAUUUAUCAAAAAAUUUCAAUUACGAUAAUUUUGAUUAUAAAUUAUAUGGAAAUAAUGAUGAAUUAAUUUUAAAAAGUGACUUUGAUGACAGACAGCAGAAUGAAAGAAGAGACAGUAUUUUAGAUGAAGAUAUUUUUGAAAAUAAGAAUAAAAAAAAUAAUGAAAGUAUUAUUAAAAUUUUGAAAGCUAAAAUUAAAAUAUUGACAAGUGAGUUGGAUAUAAUAAAAGAUGAGUUGAAAAAAAAGUGUAAUGUAAUUAAAGAAUUGGAAAAUGAUAAUAAGAAAAUAAAUGAGACGAAAGAUAAAUUGGGCACACAAGUAAUGACUUUGAAAGAGAGUAUUAAUAAACUAGAAAAUACUAUUUCUAAUCAGCAAACAGAAUUGCAAACACGUUCAAAUGAAAAUAAUUCAUUGAAAAAGGAAAUUCAAAGUUUGAAAAAGGAAAUAAAAAAUAUGAACCAACAGCUAAAUAACUUAGAUUUGAGAUUAAAUCGUUCAUUAGAGGAGAAUGAUAAAUUAAAAAAUGUUAUUAAAUUAAAUAAAAUAGAAGAAAAAAAUAAUAUUGAUAAGAUACGCAAACUUGAAGAUAACGCACGUGUCGCAGUUAAAAAUAAUGAGAGACAAUAUUUUGAAAUAAUCCAAGCUUUUAAAAAACAAAGUUUGCUUAUCGAUAAUUUAAAAAAACAAAAAGCUUAUUUUGAAACAAAUAAACAGAUUCAACUAACGCGUGAUGACUUUUUAAAAAUACUUAAAACGUAUAUGUAAUUUAUAUAAAUAUAUAUACAUGUUUUUAUCAAGUUUGUGCGUAAAUAAAUUUUUAAAAGACAAAACUAAAACUGUUUUUUUUUUUUUUACUUAGAAUACAAUAUUUAUUUAAAAAUUAAUAGGAUUCAAAGUCAAAAUGACAAGUUGCUACUUUCGUGAUUUUUAUAAAAAGAAUACAUGAUUUUUAUAAAAUUUAUUUUAAGACGAAAACAAAAAUUUAACAUUGUGGUCGCAGUGUCUAAGCUCAAUUUAUAUUUAAUUGCACAUAAAUUAUUCAUAUUUAGCAUAAAUAAUAUGAAUAUUAUUUUUAGCAACAAAAUUUAUAUUAUUGAAAUUACACUAAUAUUAUUUUGUAAAAAAAAAAAAAAAUGAUA